UAUGAUGCGGUGAAAGGGAUUGUGGCAUCUUGUAUAUGUGGGUAGGAAGAAGAAAAAUUAAAGAGCAGACAACGGAGAUGAAGAAAGCAGAGCUGGUGUUCGUCCCAACUCCCGCUGCUGGUCACUGCAUAUCCGCCAUAGAAUUCGCAAAGCGCUUAAUCCACACGGACGAUCGCUUUUCUGUUACCAUCCUUCAAAUGCCUUCAUUACUCAAUCCUCAUUCAGAUAUAUACAACAAAUCUCUUCUUGCCUCUGAAACCCGUCUCCAUUUAAUUGACCUCCCUCCUAUUGAUCACCCUCCACCCCAUGAUCUCUUCCUCAAAUCCGCAGAACACUACAUACUGCUUUUCAUUGAAAGCUACAUUCCUCACGUCAAAGACGCCAUUACCCACCUCAUGUCAUCUCGCUCUUCCCCAGACUCAGUCCCACUCGCCGGGUUUGUCCUUGAUUUCUUCUGUCUUCCUAUGAUUGAUGUGGCCAACCAACUAGGCCUCCCUUCGUACCUAUACCUCACCUCUGGUGCUGGUUUUCUUGGCCUCAUGCUCUCCCUCCCAACUCGCCAUAGCCAAAUCGGCACUGAGUUUGAAGACUCGGAUCCUGAUCUGGAGCUCCCGAGUUUCGUCAACCCAGUCCCGAUUCGCGUUUUGCCUGAAGCCGUGAGUAACAAGCAUGGUGGUUACGCUGCUUUCAUAAAGUUUGCACAGAGGUUCAAAGAGGCUAAGGCCAUUAUAGUAAAUACGUUUUCCGAGUUGGAGCCUUACGCCAUUGAGUCGUUCGCCGAUGGUCAGACCCCCCCGGUGUACACGGUGGGACCGGUUCUUGACCUCGGGGGUCAGGCUCAUUCCGGUUCAGACCGGGUUGACCGCAGUAAGAUCAUGGGGUGGCUAGACGCUCAGCCGGAAUCGUCUGUGGUGUUCCUCUGCUUUGGAAGCAUAGGGGCCUUCGACGCGGCCCAGGUGAGGGAGAUCGCGCUUGGGCUCGAGCGCAGCGGCCACAGGUUCCUCUGGGCCCUGCGUCUGCCGGGGCCGGAUGGCAAACUCGGUGGAAGCUCUGAUGGCACGGAACUCAGCGAGAUCUUGCCUGAGGGGUUCCUGGAUCGAAUCGGAGAGAGGGGAAUGAUCUGCGGUUGGGCACCGCAAAUGGAAGUCCUGGCCCACAAAGCUAUAGGAGGGUUCGUAUCCCACUGCGGGUGGAACAGCAUCUUAGAGAGCAUAUGGAACAGUGUACCGAUGGCGACCUGGCCCAUGUAUGCAGAACAACAGCUGAAUGCCUUUGGACUGGUGAAGGAACUGGGAUUAGCAGUGGAAUUGAGACUGGACUAUCGACAGAGUGGGGGAGAAGUGGUAGUGGCGGAAGAGAUAGAUGGUGCAAUAAGAUGUGUGAUGGAGCAUGAUAGCAUGGUGAGGAAGAAGGUGAAGGAAAUGGGAGAGAUGAGCAGGAGGGCUGUGAUGGAGGGUGGAUCUUCCUCCAAUUCCCUUGGACGGCUGAUCGCUGAUAUCAUCCCCAUUGACUAGUGUAUUGCUUAAUCUGAUCGCGUGGUUUUUCUCCUUACCUUGAGAAUUCAUUGUUAAAUGGUUGAGUUGAGUGGGGGUUGGGCAUUGCGAGACAUGUACGAAUGUGGUUCACCAUACCACAAUUAUAUAUUAGAUAUUAUGAGGAUGAA